GUGUGUGUGAGUGUGUGAGUGAGUGAGUGAAGGUAGUGAACCGCCUGUGAUUUGGGACGCGCCCCGGGCAGAUCCCUGCUCUCGUGUAUGGGAAGUUUCUCAUAUUUACACAGCUGUAAACUUCAUUCUGACCGCCGAGUCUCUUUUCCGUGUCUAAGCAGCGUGGACAGCCAAUCGUCGCUGAGAAGAUCAUUCUAACUAGCCAAUCAGAGGCGAGAAGGCGGUUUUGUCCCAAUACGGAGCAGCAUGGCUCGAGGACACCAGAAGAUUCAAUCUCAGCAGAAAAACGCCAAGAAGCAGGCUGAGAUCAAGAAAUCAAAAGGUCACGACCAGAAGACGGCAGCGAAGGCAGCUCUGGUGUACACGUGUGGAGUCUGCAGGUCACAGAUGCCGGACCCGAAAACGUUCAAGCAGCAUUUCGAGAGCAAACAUCCCAAAAAUCCUCUUCCUCCGGAGUUGGUGGGUGUGGAAGCCUGAGCGUCGCUCCUCCAACCUGCACCGCGGCUUCACCUUCAGAGACUGUUAACGCUCUCAACUGUUUCCCCAACGGCAAAAAACCCACAUGCGGACGUCCGUCUGUCUGUCUGAUUGUCCAUCUGUCUGUCUGCCUGUCUGAUUGUUCAUCUGUCUGUCCGUCUGUCUGUCUGUCGUUUGUCUGUCUGAUUGUCUUUGUCUGUCUGUCUGUCCAUCCAUCUGUCUGUCUGAUUGUCUGGCUGUCCAUCUGUCAGGCUGUUCAUUUGUCUGUCUGUCUGUCUGUCCGUCUGUCUGUCUUUCUGAUUGCCUGUCUGUCUGAUUAACUCCACACUGGUUUGUGUUGAAUGUGUCUCACACACUGCUGCGCUGAGGUACAUAGGGGCUGAUGAUAAACAGGUGACGGGAUGAUGAUGAUGAUGAUGUAAUUAUAAAGUGAUGUAUUUUCCGGAUUAUAAAGCCUCCUCUUUACAUAGUGUUAGGAGGGAUAUUUAAUAUCUUUAUGUUGCAUCUGCUCGGUUCUCUGUGUUUCACUUUCAGUAAGCUGCCUGUGAUUUUACUCUUCUAAACCUGAGCAGAAUUAUCAAGAUCAUUAGCAAGAAUUAGCUAGCUCAGGGUGGUGGAUAUUACAGAACGCUAACGACGCUAGAUGUUGAUACUAAUUAGUAUGAUGAAUGUGUCUAUAAAUUAGUUUAAAAAAAAAAACAACUGGACCUUGUACUCCGGAACAUGCGCCACUCGAACCUGUGGACAAAUUUUUUAUUUCAUUUGUGGAUAAAAGUGAUGAUUGGAAUUGUUUUUGUAAUUUUUCUGAGCACACUGGACACUGGAUGUGGGCGGGGUGAUUAUCUGUAUACUCCUUUAAAUUCCUGCAGAAAUCAUCCCCUUACUCCUCACUGGAAUCCAGCUCAGUGAUCUGGACGCUUCAGUGACCAGGUUCCUGCAAAAAAAAAUGUAAUAUAACCUUCUAAUAAAGUUUAAUUUUGUUUA